UUAUUUUAUUUUAUUUAGAGUUUAAUUAUUUUCAUAAUCAAUUAUAGCUACGCUCGAGUUAAAUAUUUGUCAAGUUGAUUCAUUAUUUAAGCAACGCCCAGUAAAUUGUGAAGCUCUUGAUGAAAUUAGAUCUUCCGUAUCUUCCGUUAAAUUGGUAUGGUCAUUAGCAGUUUCCAAUCCGAUUAAUAUUAUACAAAUGGGCAACAACGUACAAUCAUACUCUGAUACAUUAAUAGCCCUAAGUUGUUUUGAUGAAAGUGAAAUGAUGUUAGGUAAAUCAGUAACGAAUAGUUCAAUGUCAACAAUUGCAUAUAAUCAAUCGAGUGAUGAUUUAGAAAAUGAGAAAAAUCACCCAACAUAUGAUGAAGAAAAAGGAGUUAAAGGAGUAAACUCGACAACUUUUAUAAUUUCAACACUUCAUAGUUCAAGAAUAUUAACAGCAAUUGAUGAUUCGGGUGGAUUGGUUAGAUUUUUAAAUGAUGACCCAUUGCAACCACAAACUGUUACAAUAGUUGUUGUAAAUGCUAACGGAAUAUCUAAAACUUUUUUUGAUUUGGAUAAUAUUGUAAUGUCGAAUAACGUUAUUAAUAAUGAGAAUAAUAAUAAUUCAUGGUUGAAUAUAUUUUCAUCAUCUUCUCAACUUCAACAAUUCUAUUUUCCACUGAAAAUUCAAGCUGAACUUGAAAAACUUUAUCAAAAUACUCCAUGUUUGGAAUUAUUAAGUAGGAGCAUAGAAAAUGAUUACUUUUUAAUUGAAGAUUAUAAAGAUAGAGUACAAGUGGUGGAAAUGUAUAAUUUAAGAACUGAUAAAUUAGAAAUGGUGUUCCAUCAAAGGGCAGAAUCAGCAGUAACAGCAUUUGGUCAUGGAAAUCCCGCUGUGGCCAUUUCAAAACAUAAUGCAUUAUUAGCUUAUUGUCGUGGCGCUAAUUCGAUUACAAUUUACUUAAUAGAAAAUUCAUUGGAAAUCUCAACACAAAGUUUUCCUCGAGUUGAAAGAAUUCUUUCGGUAGAUUUUAUAAAUGAUGAUGAAUCUUUAAUUAUCAUUGCACAAGAAAAAGAAAGUUUGAUACCCUUAAUCAUCGUUUGGGAUUUAUUUAGUUAUAUGGACAAUGCUAUUAGAAUAUUACAAGAUGCUACGGAAUUAUUUUCAUCUGGAAGUUAUAAAUUAGUUAGAAGUUGUGGAAAUAUUAUACUUGCUGGUUCUGAUGGAAGCGUUACGUCCGUAUUGGAUCAUACUCUUGUUAAAGAAAUACUCGUUCCUACUAUUAAAUCAAAAAAAGGUUUAAUUACACUUGACGUAAAGUAUCUUCGUGAAUCUGAAUGGGAUUUAUCUGUUCACCAUACCAUAUUUUAUCAAGAUGGAGAACGUGAUAAUGCCGAAACAAAACCUGUUAUAGUAUUCGAUAAAGAACCUUGGAUACAUUCUAAAGGAUAUGCUCGUAUAUCUGCUUUCUUGGAUGACGAAAGAACGACUCAAUUAUUCAUCGGAGUGACAACCGUACAAGUAUGGUAUAGGAAAGAUGUAAAUGCAAAGGAACAACUUAAAUAUAUUUGGGUUGCUCCAAAAGACAAAAAAAUUUCUAUUGAAUCACUGAAAAUCGGACAACGUGAGUUUGAAGUUUGUCUUCAUAUAAAAUCAAAUCAAUCUAUGACAACGGAAUCUGUAUUAAAUCUUCAUUGGCCGUUUGAAGUUAAUGCUGUUAAUCAUGCUUGUUCCGCUCUUUGGCAUUUAUACGAUAGAAGAGAUGAUCCAGCUGGUCUGCAGAAGCAACAAGAAUAUGAAAACUUGGUUCAUAGAACCGAAAGAUUGAUUAGACAAUUCAUUAAGAAACGCCCCGCUAUUUGGAGAUUAAUUGAUGUUAGAUAUGAUGUUAUGGCUAGUCUUAUUAAAGGUCGUCGUAUACGUUUGAUACAAAAAAUUCUUAAUAAUGAAGAAUCUAAUCCUUGGAUGAGAUAUCUUCAUACUCCACGACUGAACGAGUGGCCAAAAAAACAAAAAACAAGUGAUUUAGAGAUUGCAAUAAAAUGUAGUGAAGGAAGAAGACAAAGAGAUGCGGUUAUGGUCGGUUUUCUUCUGGAUUAUUAUUCUGAUAAUGCAAUGGAUAAUACUGGCUGGAUGUUUACAGUGUCUUGUGCUGUCCCUUUAUUGUUUGACCAUCAUCUUGGUAAGAAGUUAAAUUAAAUGGAAUAUGGAGUAGUAAAAAAUACAGAAAAUAAAUAUAUUUUUAACUUUUUUUUUUCGUUUAGACUCAUAUGCUAAAGAUCUGUUCUCUAAGCCUAUAUUUGGAAUGAAAGAAAUCCAUCUGGACGAAUCGCAUAUAAAUCCCAAUGAUUUACCUCAAGGUAAAUUAAGGUAUAUAAAAGCAUUCAACCCAAAUACCAGAUUAGAACCUAAGGAAAAGCCAAUUAGCUUACGUAACUUACGUAAGUUUAAAAUAUUACAGCCCAUCGCGAAUAUAAUAGAUAAAUCAAAGACCAGGUAAA